CGGAAGUCCGCACGUUCGUAUACAUUUUCUGUUUGGCUCGAUUCGCUGGCCGAGUUCCCGAGUGUGAGAGAAAAAGGCGGAGAACUGUAGAAGGGCUUUCAUUUCUUGCCUCAAAUCAGAGUCUGAGGUAGCUAAGGUCUUCAACAGAUUGGUAUUAUAGUUGUGGUGAGAAGUUUGAUGAAAUUUAUCUGUUGAGGCAUUUAAUCAGGCAUGGAAUGCAGCUUGUACAUCAAACGGGCCAUCAAAGCUUCUUAUUCCCCCAGGGCAAUAUUAUGCAGGGGAGAUCUAUUUCCAAGGGCCAUGCAAAAAUCCAAUGACUGUUGAAUUUCAAGGAACCAUUUUGGCAGAUCCCAAUGCAGACGAAUUCCAACAGAAUGAAGGUAUCAUGUUUGAAAAUCUGGAAGGUUUGACAGUUUAUGGCGGAGGAACCUAUGAUGGCCAAGGUGGGGUGCAAACGUGGAAGAAUGGGCGCUCAAGGGUUAUGCCUAUCUCAAUUAAAUUCCAGAAAGUAAGGAAUGGAGCGGUAAGGGAUAUCAAUUUGUUGAAUAGCAAAGGAUUCCAUAUGACCAUUACUAGCUGCACCAACUUCUUGGCAGAACGCCUCAAGAUAACUGCUCCAGCUGAAAGCCCAAGGACAGAUGGCAUCCACAUUAGUCGUUCCAAUGGGGUCCAGGUGUUAAACUCCGUAAUUGGAACCGGUGAUGACUGCAUUUCAAUCGGCGAUGGGUCUACCGACGUGAAAGUGAUUGGUAUUACCUGUGGUCCAGGACAUGGCAUCAGCAUUGGAAGCCUAGGAAAGCUCCUGGAACAAAGUGUGAAAGGGGUUUAUGUCGCCCAAUCUACAUUGUUAAACACACAGAAUGGUUUGAGAAUCAAAACUUUCCACAAUUCACCUCCUAUCGAAGCUUCUGGUAUCACUUUCGAAGAUAUAACCAUGAAGGACGUAAAAAAUCCCAUCAUCAUCGAUCAGAAUUACCAGUCUAACAAGAACCAAGGGGCAUCAUUUGUGAAGAUCAGCGAUGUUCAUUUUAGGAACGUAAGGGGUACCUCGGUUUCAAAUGUUGCGGUUACGCUUGAUUGCAGCAGUGCAAAGCCUUGUGAAGGCAUUGAGUUGGCCGACAUCGAUCUCGCCCUCAGUCCCAAUGCUCCGAAGAAGUUUCCUCUCUCGGCGACAUGCAGCAAUGCUAAAAUAUUCAGCAGGGGGAAGCAAAAUCCCCCGGCUUGCCGAUAGAUUUUCUCAUUCAAUGGAACCGCGCAAUGUUGGAUACAAUGAUGGCGUUGAACAGAGACCUGUUACACUUUAAAACAAAGUGCCUAUGUAGGAAUGUUGUAUUAAGAUUUCCAGAUUCUUUCUUCCAAUGGAAUAUGUACCAUUCUUUCA